AUGGCCAUGACGGGCAACCACGGCGGCUACAACGUCCAAGCCACGGCCGCCAUUGCCGCCGUCACCACCUUCCUCAUCCUCUUCACCAUCUUCGGCAACGUCCUGGUGAUCAUCGCCGUGCUGACCAGCCGGUCCCUGAAGGCUCCUCAGAACCUCUUCCUGGUCUCCCUGGCAGCCGCGGACAUCCUGGUGGCCACGCUCAUCAUCCCCUUCUCCCUGGCCAACGAGCUGAUGGGCUACUGGUACUUCAGCCGGACCUGGUGCAAGGCCUACCUGGCCCUGGACGUCCUCUUCUGCACCGCCUCCAUCGUGCACCUCUGUGCCAUCAGCCUGGACCGCUACUGGUCCAUCAGCCGCGCCAUCGAGUACAACUCCAAGCGGACCCCGCGGAGGAUCAAGUGCACCAUCCUCAUCGUGUGGCUGAUCGCGGCCGUCAUCUCCCUGCCCCCGCUGGUGCUCAACGAGCACCCCAGCGAUGCCCAGGAGGAUGCCAGGAGGUGUGAGCUCAACGAGGAGCCCUGGUACAUCCUGUCCUCCAGCACCUGCUCCUUCUUCGCUCCCUGCGUCAUCAUGAUCUUGGUGUAUCUCAGGAUCUACGUUAUUGCCAAGCGCCGAAGCAGGCAGGCCCCCAGGGCCAAGAAGCCUCCAGCCAAGGCAGGGGAAGGGGCGUCCCCCACCCUCAUCGGCCCAUCCACCGAGCCCUCCCCCAAGCAGGACCAGCCCCAGCCCCUGGGAGAAGGCGACCCCAACGGGCUUCAGAUCCCCCUUCAGGAAGGAGGCCAGCCGGAGACCCAGUGUCUCUCCACUGAAAACUUUUCUCUCAUGACCCGGGAGGCCACGGAGCUUGCCUCUGGAGUCAGCCCUUCCCAGUCCCUGCCGGAGAAGAAGCCAUCCUCAGGGUCCAGCCAGCUGGAAGGCUCUCCCCGGGGCAGCAUCAAGCAGAGCAACGGGCCCCCGCAGGGCUCCCCGCAGGGCAUGGACACCUUGGCCACGGCCAAAGGGGAGGUCCUGUUGGUGAGGAGGGUGAAGACGCUCAGUGCCAACCCCUGGAAGAAGAAGGCGCACCUCAACCGGGAGAAGAGGUUCACCUUUGUCCUGGCGGUGGUGAUCGGGGUCUUUGUGAUUUGCUGGUUCCCCUUCUUCUUCCUCUACAGCCUCCGGGCCGUCUGUCCCCCCGAGUACUGCCCGAUCCCAGAGAGCACCUUCAAGUUUUUCUUCUGGAUUGGCUACUGCAACAGCUCCUUGAACCCGGUCAUCUACACCAUCUUCAACCAGGACUUCCGCAAGGCUUUUAGGAAGAUCUUGUGCAGGCAGUGGACGCAGACUGCCUGGUGA